ACGCAGAAUGCAAAUGCGACUAACCGGUAUCGCCUCAUAGUUUCAGACGGAGAGCAUUAUCACCAGGCGAUGCUAGGCUCCCAAUUAAACUAUCUUCUUGAGCAAAACAUCCUAGAGAAGAACUCUGUUUUCACGCUCGUGCAGUGCGUGAACCACGCCAUAAUGAAUAAGCGGCUGUUGAUAGUUUUGGAAAUCAAUGAAACUGACGUUCACCACUUUGGCGAACGCAUUGGAUCCCCGACUCCACUGGACCAAAAACCAGUGGUGAACGUCCUUGCUGCCCCCAAUGCCCACUCCCGGUUCCAGCACCGUUGAAACCUGUACUUCUCGCAAUCUUCCCUUCGACAGCCCUCGUCCGUUCGAAGUUAAUUGGGGAUAAAUUAUGCCGGUGUGGUGUUGUUGUUGUUCUGCUAUACGCACCGUCGCACCCGCAUCUACGCGAGAAUAGACAACGAAGUACUAUUGUAUGUAGUGAUGCGCUGUCGUUCUUGACAUUUCAUUAUAAUCCCCGAUUGUUACGCAAUGCGCUAUUAAUGCGAGAGGAUGCGCCCAGAAGAGACCAACCCUAUAUACGCACGUACGUACACCCUUAUCGCUAGCUUGGCAAAGCCUAUAUGUAAAUAUUUGAUCUGAUUUUGCG